AUGGUAUUGGAGGUCGUCAUCCUAGGCUUUGUCGUACUUAUCGUCGCUCCUAUCCUCUUCAUAUUCUGGAACAUUUUUUUGAUAUGCAUUGGGCGCCACCCUAUGCAGAAUCCCAACAUGAUCAAGCCAGAAGUGGGCAAACUUCCCAAAUCUGUUGUUGAUCGCAUCCCGCUUGUCAUGUACAUACCACCACCUCCAGCAGCGCAGAAAGAUGCCACCGAUCAAUCACUGCAUUCUUAUCCCCCGAAGGUGUCCGAGACAGUCGCUAAACCGCCUCGCGUCCGCUUCAAGUUCUUCAGAAGGGCAUCUGCGGCUGCACUCAGGAAACCCAAUGAUGAAUCUGUCGACGAAAAGAACGGAGAAAAUGGUCUGCCUGAUACCACCCCGAAGCCAUGGGAGAGCAAUUGGGAGCAUGGUGAUCACCCAUUUGUUACCCUGGAAGAAAACCAGGCAGCCUGUGCCAUUUGCUUAAUGGACUUCGAGGAACCCAAGCGAAAGAACACUCCCGAGGACACGGGUAACGUAUCCAAAGAACAGUCAGAAGGUUCACCCUCUGUAAACAGCGGCAACGACAGCCCUUCUCAUGUUGCAGAACCACGUCGAACAGGAAACUCUAGAGAGGAAGAAAUGCAAACAAAAACGAAACUCACAGACGCAGGUGAUGGACCUCAGCCAUUGAGACUUCUUUCUUGCGGACAUGUUUUCCAUAAAACUUGUCUGGAUCCAUGGUUGACUGAUGUCUCUGGACGUUGCCCUGUUUGUCAGAGGCCUGUGGAGACCCCAGACAAGAACAAGAAACCUUCAAGACAAAUCUAA